GCCAGGUAAGCCGGUAUCAUAUUUCUGUAAAAAGGUCGUCAUUUUAUCGAAAAAGUACAUCGAAACGCGUGCAUCCAACGAAAAUAGUCCAUAAAUCAGCAGUCUAUUCGUAGAUCUACGAAUCGCCCCACUCUCUCAGUCGCUACACCUUUAGGGCCGUGUGCAAUGGAUCGGUGGAUAGACUAGGCCCGUCGCGGCUCUCAAGACAUCACUCGAGAAGUGUCGUAGUGACCAAGAACAACGAUUCCGAACAGGUCGACGAAACAACCAAGAUGCCUUUCAAGCCAGUAGAAAACCCAAAAUGCCCCAAAUGCCAAAAAUCAGUCUACGCCGCUGAAGAGCGCGUAGCUGGUGGAUACAAAUUCCACAAAUCAUGCUUCAAAUGUGGAAUGUGCAACAAAAUGUUGGACUCCACCAACGUCACCGAGCACGAAGCUGAGCUUUUCUGCAAAAACUGCCACGCCCGCAAAUACGGACCAAAAGGUUACGGAUUCGGCGGUGGUGCCGGCUGCUUGAGCAUGGACACCGGUGCUCACCUCUCAGGUGACGACAUAGUUGUGAGCAGAGCCCCGCUUUUGCCAAAAGCUAUUGCCAAGGCACCCGAUGGCCAGGGUUGCCCCAGAUGCGGUGGUUACGUCUACGCCGCUGAACAAAUGCUUGCUAGAGGAAGAGGAUUCCACAAGUCAUGCUUCAAAUGUGGAAUGUGUGCCAAGGGUUUGGACUCAGUAAACGUAACAGAAGGCCCAGAUAAAGAUAUUUACUGUAAAGUUUGUUAUGGUAAGAAAUUUGGACCAAAAGGUUAUGGAUACGGCCAAGGUGGUGGUACCCUUCAAAGCGAUUGCUAUGCUGUUAGCGACCAAGCUCCCAGGACAACGUUGAUCGACACCGCCUCCAUCAUGGCGGCUCCAGGUAAAGGUUGCCCGAGAUGCGGUGGCGUGGUAUUCGCCGCCGAAGAAGUCCUCGCCAAGGGCAGGCCAUGGCAUCGGAAGUGCUUCAAGUGCCACGACUGCAAGCAAACUUUGGACUCCAUCAACGCCUGCGAUGGACCCGACAGCGACGUCUACUGCAAAACUUGCUACGGAAAGAAGUGGGGUCCGCAUGGAUACGGCUUCGCUUGCGGAAGUGGAUUUUUGCAAACUGAUGGACUUACUGAGGAUGAAAUCUCCAAAUCCAGGCCGUUCUACAACCCUGACACCACCUCCAUCAAAGCUCCCCCCGGCCAAGGUUGCCCCAGGUGCGGCGGUAUGGUGUUUGCAGCCGAACAACAGCUCGCUAAAGGAACCAUGUGGCACAAAAAGUGCUUCAACUGCGCCGAGUGCCAUCGUCCGCUGGACUCAGUUCUGGCUUGCGACGGUCCCGACAAGGAGAUCCACUGCAGAGCUUGCUACGGAAAACUUUUCGGGCCCAAGGGUUUCGGUUUCGGACACUCUCCCACCCUGGUGUGCACCGGCGACGGUGCCGCCACCGUCCUGCACACCGCCAACGUGAACAGCGGACCCAGAGCCGAAGCCGGAAAAGGGUGCCGCAGAUGCGGAUACUCGGUCUUCGCCGCCGAACAAAUGAUCAGCAAGGCUGCCAUCUGGCACAAAAGAUGCUUCAGCUGCGCCGAUUGCAACCGCUCUUUGGACUCCACGAACGCCAAUGACGCUCCGAAUGGUGAAAUUUACUGCAGAGGAUGCUACGGAAGAAACUUUGGACCCCGAGGAGUUGGUUUCGGUAUGGGAGCCGGAACUCUUACUAUGGCUUAAACACCCCCCCUAAGAUAUCUUAAUCGAAAUAUAAUUAAAGUAAUAAAAAACAGAAAAAUACAAAAAAAUCAAGAUUAAGAUUGUUAUCUAGAAUAUCCCUGGCUUGUUACGCUUUUGACUUACAAAAAAGGCAUUGACGAAUGUAUUUUUAUUUUUUUUUUUUGAGAAGAGAACACAUUUUUUUAUUCCAUUAAGAGGGGAAGGGAAUUACAACAAUGAUUCCAUUAUGAAACAGACUCAAACGUCGAAAUAUCAACGACCAGGUCCUUAAUAACCUGAUGACAUUUUUUGUACAUACACUUUACAUCGGCCAUAUUCUGAAUAAGAUUUUUAAAUGGUCUAUAAAACAUUUAAACGGCUUUGCGCUCGCAUAUUCGUUCUUUAAUUAUUAAAUUACCUAAUUAUUGCUACUUUUAUUUAAUUAAGUCCAAUUUUUGUUUAGAAUUAAUAUUACCUAAUGUUAUAUUUAAUAAAAAGCCAAUAAAAAACACUAAAAACCGAAUUACUA